AUGGUUAAACCAGUAAGGAUAGGAGCAAAAGAUGGAGCUGCCAAGGGUGCAGAUGGAGAGAAGAAGCAGGUUCAAAGACAUCAUGAAUUCCAAAUGAACAAGGCAUACGGUCAACAUUUGCUCAAGAAUCCACUGAUCAUUGAUGCAAUCGUUGAUAAAUCACAACUAAAGUCUACAGAUACAGUGCUGGAGAUUGGUCCAGGUACAGGUAACCUUACCAUUAAACUAUUGGAGAAGUGCAAAAAGGUCAUUGCUGUUGAGGUCGAUCCUCGUAUGGCGGCUGAGUUACAAAAGAGAGUGUCAACAACACCAUACGCUGCACAUCUACAGAUUAUACUUGGUGACUUUAUGAAGGUUGAACUGCCUUACUUUGACGUCUGCGUUGCUAACGUCCCAUAUCAAAUCUCUUCUCCACUGGUAUUCAAACUACUUGCGCAUCGACCAGUGUUUAGAGCAGCAGUGCUGAUGUUCCAGAAGGAGUUUGCGCUUAGACUGGCAGCAAACCCUGGCGACAGUCUCUACUGUCGUCUCUCAGUCAACACACAACUGCUGUCAAAGGUGACACAUCUGAUGAAGGUGGGCAAGAACAACUUCUUGCCACCACCCAAGGUCGAGUCAGCCGUCGUCAAGAUCCAGCCAUUCAAUCCUCCACCUCCAAUCAACUUUGUCGAGUGGGAUGGUCUGAUCCGUCUAUGUUUCUCGAGGAAGAACAAGACGCUGCCGGCCAUCUUCAAGGUCAACAGUGUCAUCGAGAUGCUCAAUCAAAACUACAAGACCUACUGUGCCGUACAAGGAUUAAUGGACACAGAUGGCACUGAAGAGGCGAUGAAAGAGAAGGUUAUACAAGUGCUGGAGAAGAACAACUUCUCUGACGCUAGAUCUUCCAAGUUGGAUAUCACAGAGUUCUUGAGACUGCUGAACUGUUUCCAUGAUAGCAACAUCCAUUUCAAA